AUGUGGAUACCUCCAACCAACGGCGGAGCAUUCAAAUUCAAAAUCGUUGGUGGUGGUGGCUUUUCGGACGGCACAGCGUUCGGUGGAAGCAUAUACUUGAUUGGCGAAGGGAACUUUUUCAACACUCUUGGCCGGUCGAUAGGCGUCACCGGGUCUUCAAUGUGUCUGACCUCGUCAGGCAAACAAGCUCUCCAUGUUCUAAUUUUGGCAAAAGACAAUUCUCUGUCGCUGUAUCUGAACUCACAGAUAAACAGCGGACCUUCGUACUUGACAGCCGGAUCACCUUUGAGCCAUCUUGUGAAUCUUGAACACCUCGUUUUCCAAGAACAACCGGUCGUAACUGUGAGACGUCCAUUCUGGCAUGUAGUACCAGCAAACGUUCACGUAGCUCUUUCCGUGCUCCUGCCACAUUCUGAAAACUUGUCCAACAAUUGGUCUGUUUGGAUCGUUUGGAUUCUUCAACAUGACCCAGUUACCGACUUUAUAAGUUCUUCCUUCGUACACCAAAAACGGAACAGGGACUUUCGAAGUCACAACGUCUCCGUAAUCGCUGUCUGGCUUUUGCAUUUCAAUAUGGUACAGUCUGGUGAUGUUCGACUCAAGAAGAUGCACGUUGUUGAGCAUGGCCGAGUUCGCUGUGUAAUACGCCUUGGAGUUGGCAAUCAGCUUGAAAACAUCGGCCAUAUACGCAUCCACUGUUUGGUAAUGUCUCUGUUUGAUCAAUCCCUUGAUGUCCAGCAUGGAAAUUGGCUCUUUGACAAUCCGGUAGUAUUCCGGGUGGUCCUGCUGGUUUGGCAGCUUGUCAAAAACAGUGAUGAUGGUCUUACCGUUAACCUUGAUCUUCUUGAGUCCUCUCAUGAUACUUUUAAUACGUUGCUCGUGUGGCUGGUCCACAAUCGGAGGUCUUCCUCGUUUGACCCAGUUUUCCAACAGCUGCUCAUUCGACUUGGCAACGUUCCGGGUUGGUGGAUAAUAGUAGUUUGA